UAUUAUCAAUGGUAAACGUAAAAUGUGAUUUGAAUGUGGAUACUGAAUAAUGAAUAUUAGUAUUAGGUAUCUACCAUCUACGUGAUGAUCUCUCUGAAGUUUUUUUAACAAUUCCGGAUUCUCGUUUCUUUGAUAUUUAAAGAGUAAUUUAUUAUACUUGACCACGAUCUACGAUUAAAGAUGACAGUUUUGAGUUGAGUGUUAUCUGCAUUCGUUUCAAUACAUAAAUCUUCAUAAAGACAUCCAUAUUUUAGUUUUCAAUGAAAAUAUCUUAUGUCAAUAUUUUUAUUUUUCGAGGGAUUUCGGAUACAACACACAUCUUUAAUCAGACUGGUGUAAUUUCAUAAUUGAUAACUGACAAAAAAAAAAAAAAUGCCAAAGGUAUCUCAAAAAGUCUUACUAGGUUUUGUGGACGAACGUAUUGUGAAUGAAAGCUGUUCUGAUGAUGCAUAUACAAUAAAUAAAAUAGGAGGGUUGCCUGAUACACUAAAUCAAAAUUUUUCACCAAAGUGUCCACUAUGUAAUCACCAAAUACCUUUACUCAUUCAAAUAUAUGCCCCUGUUAUAAAUUCUAUUUAUCAUAGAACAUUAUAUAUACACGCUUGUAUAAGCCCAGGGUGUUGGAACAAGUCUCAGAGUUGGAUAUGUUUGAGACGGCAAUGGGUUGCAGCCGACCAUUAUGAAGAUAAGCAAUCUACGACUUUUAUAGAAUGGUGUGAUGAUGCUGACAACUGGGGUGAAGAACCAGAGGCUGAAGAGAAUCAUAACAUUACUGUUAAAAGUCAAGCGAUUGAAAAUUGUACUUCUGCAAGUGCCGAGUUAGAAAAUUCUGAUGCUGAUGAUAAUGUAGUUGCUGAACCGAUUGAUAUACCAAAUACAAAUUGUCUUCAAUUACUAGAUAGUAGAAAAGAAAUACCUCUAGAUCACUAUGAUAUGAAUAUAUAUUUUGAGCCGUAUUAUAUAUCAGUAGCUUAUGAAGAACUGUCAGAUACAGUAAAAGAGCAUGCUAAUAACUUAUUACACGACUAUAAAAAUAAUCAAAUAAUAACCGAAGAAAAGAAUGAAGGCUAUGAAAAAAGUUUACCAGCCCAUGGUGAUAAGUAUUUUGAAACAUUAGCAUCAACAAUAAGAAAAAAUCCUGGUCAAAUCUUACGGUAUUGCCGUACUGAAGGUAAACCAUUAUUUUUGUAUGAAGAUAGUGAACCAAAUAAAUGUACCAACUGCCAAGGUAAAUUAUUAUUUGAGUUACAAAUUCUUCCAUCAUUAAUUACAUAUUUGAAACUAAUAUGUGGAGAAGAACAUCAUGGUAGUGGACACUUGGAAUUUGGAACAGCUUUAAUAUACACUUGUGAAAAUAAUUGCUGGAAUGAAGGUGAUACUUAUAAGUAUGAAUGUGUUAUGGUUCAAGAAGAAAAACUAUUUUAGAUGUUUAUAUUUAUCUAUUAAAACAUUUAAACAAUCAAUAAAA